AUGAAUUCAAGUCUCAGAUUUAUCCUUUUUUUCCUCUGCUAUUUCUGUCUCAUCUCCCUAAUGUCCACCAAUGCAAUACAUCUUUUGGAUUCCCUCACUCCCUCUGAGCUCACACAAGUCAAAACUAUAGUAAAUCAGUCCAUUUGUUCCACUGUUUCUUGCCAUAAUGAUAAUCUGAGCUUCCAUUAUGUGGGCUUACAUGAACCAGAUAAAGAAACUGUAGUUUCUUGGUUAUCAAAACGAAAACCCAUAAAAAUCCCACCUCGUCAAGCAUUUGUACUUGCUCGAAUUAAUCAGUCAAACCAUGAAAUCAUCGUAGACUUAACAGAUUCUAAAGUUAUUUCCAACAAAGUGAACAAUGGUCAUGGCUAUCCUUUAUUGAAUUUAGAUGAACAGGAUGCAGCAAAUGUACUACCAUUUAGUUAUGCACCAUUUUUAGCAUCCCUUGAGAAAAGGGGUCUAAAGUUAGAAGACGUUGGAGUAAAGCCGGAGAAACCAUUGAACACAGGAAUAUUGCAUGGUGGUCCAAAUUUCAACUUGGAUGGAAAUGCUGUAAGAUGGGCUGAUUGGAAAUUCCAUGUAGGUUUCGACAUGAGGAGAGGAUACAUUUCUGAGCUGUUUAUUCCAUACAUGGACUUAACAGAAGAAUGGUACUACAGAACAUAUUUUGACGCGGGCGACUUUGGAUUCGGUUUACGCGCAUCAUCCCUUGUUCCAUUGAAGGACUGUCCUGAAAAUGCAGUGUUUCUUGAUGGCUACUACAGUACAAAGGAUGGGACACCUGCAAAAAUUGCAAAUGCAUUGUGCAUUUUCGAAAGAUAUGCUGGAGAUGUUCUAUGGCGCCACACUGAACCGCUAUCCCUGGAGAAGUUGUAA